GUGUGUGACCGAGGAGUACCGCACAUCACACGGGCACUAACGCAGGACCAACCGGGACUGGAGCGCCCAAAGACUGCAGAAGGACCGAACCACUGACUGCGUGCUCCUCAAUUUUUACUGGACGUAACUUAUCUUUGUUGUUUUUGUUUUUUGUUUUUUAACUUUUGCUCUCAAAUGUAGGAACUGACUGUCUUUGAUGGGGCUGCGUAAUAUUGUUACAAGACAUCCAUCCAAACUCGCGUAACUGGCCUAUUUUUACGCAAAACCUUCAUACUACUCAGGUGUAAACCAAACAAAAUAUACGGGCUCGACUGGCUGAAUUCUGAAAGACAAUGUAUGCUGUGCGUAAAGUUUUGGUAAAACAGACGGGGCUGACUUUAAAGUUGGACUGAACCAUGUUGGAGUUGUGCGUGACAGUACGUCAAACCAACACGGGACAGGAGGCGCACCAAUAAUUAUUAGCUCUCAUCCCUCAUUUCCAUAGCUCUCCUGAGUUUGGCUGGACACGGGCCAAUAUCCCGCAGAAGGAUAGCUGGAGUCGUAAAAGCCGAAGCCGUCCUCAAUCAUAAUUACCCUGACAUGCGCAAUCUGCACUUGGGUCUCUCCAUCCACUCCAUCAGCUACGGACGCGUAUUUGAGUGCGAUCCGCGCUACUGAAGGCUCCCCGUGAACCUCUCUCGUCCCACCGAUGGUCCCGGGAAAGAACAGCGCCAUGUCCCGCCGAAAACAAGCCAAACCUCAGCAUCUCCGGUCCGAGGAGGAAGCGACAGUGCAGGGCGAGCUGCUCUUUGGGCACGACUCCGCUGAAGGCUUGUGCAGAGAUGACACCAGUGCAGUGGACCCUAGCAAUGACGACACCCACAUCUGUGACAAAUGCUGCGCCGAAUUCUUCACUUGGAUCGAACUCAGCGAGCACCAGAAAGUUUGCACUGCAGACAACCCUUUAGUGCUCAUCGUGAAAGACAGUGAGGAUUCCCAAACUGGACCCUCUCCCGUUCCCAGCAUCCUGUCCAGUGACUCCUCCCCUCCUGGAUCUCCAGACUAUGAGAUUGGAGGAGACAUACUCGGGAACGACAAUGAAAGUUCGGAUAAUUUAGAUGAAGCGAGAGACCAAGAUGAAGGCAUGCAGAUUGACACUUUGCAAGAUAAAUUUACAUAUAAUUAUACAAGCUCUAGUUCUCAAAAUUCAGAGUCAAAUUUACCAUUGAAAUCAAUUACAACAGGUUAUGGCAUGCCAAGUACCAAUGUAACUCUUGAAAUCCUCCAUAGCACCCGUGUAGCAGUGGCUCAGUUUUCCCAAAGUUUAAAUAAUCAUCCAGGAGCAAAGGGGGCACCCGCUGCAGCUAUUCCAGUAAUUCUUGAGCACUUACUAAAUUUACAACAACAACAAGUGCACCAACUCCAUCUGAUAGAGCAGAUCUGCAGUCAAGUGGCCUAUAUGAACCGCCAGCCCACGCAAGCAGCACUCAACCCAGUGUCCAGGGCACUACCUCUCGGUCCUAACCCAUUUCCCACUCCUCCAAGUGGGGUCCCACCCUCGAUCUUGCCUCUUUCAGGGACUAUGCCUUCCACUGUCAAUGGACAAGCCGUUGUAACUUUGCCAUCAAAGCUAGAGAAAAUACAAACUUUACAAACUUUUACUAGAGAUUCUUCAGAAAACUCCAGCUCAAGUAGCACCAGUGUGUCCACAUUGCUUCCGCCUUAUACCAGUAGCAUUAGCAGCACGCUAAGCUCCUCCACUCCACUCUCCCUUGGGCCAAACAACCUUCUUAGCCAAUCUUCAAACCUUCCAUUUCUACCUCACAGCCCACCUAGCAGCAGUGUCAUCUUCCCCAACCCUUUAGCUAGCAUUGCAGCUACAGCUAGCACCCUUGACCCACUGGCAGCGCUAAUGAAGCAGCGGAAAAGCAAACCUCCAAACGUGUCUUUAUUUGACACUAAACCAAGCCCAGAAGAACCCUUUUUCAAGCACAAGUGUCGUUUCUGCGCCAAAGUCUUCGGCAGCGACAGUGCUCUACAGAUCCACCUGCGUUCACACACUGGGGAGCGGCCCUUCAAAUGCAACAUCUGUGGAAACCGCUUCUCCACUAAAGGCAACUUAAAGGUACACUUCCAACGGCACAAAGACAAGUAUCCCCAUGUCCAAAUGAACCCAUAUCCCGUUCCGGAGUACCUUGACAAUGUGCCAACCAGUUCGGGAAUUCCCUACGGCAUGUCUAUCCCCCCGGAAAAGCCAGUGUCUUCAUGGAUGGAGAGUAAACCCGUUGUAGCAGCUUUGCCCGCCAGUUUAGGUCUUCCAAUUGCGUCCGCUGUCUCCGGUCUGGGCAGCUCAAAUGACCCUAUAAGUGUAACACCAUCCCUGAAAUCUCCAUCAGCUGGUGAAUGUAUUUCUUUGUCACCUAACCACACAAGCAAUGAGGCGCGUUUCUCUCCUCUUUCAGAGCCUAGCCAGGAGAUUGAAGCACCCAAUUUACUUAAGACCAAUGGUGUUCAACUAAUGCAUAACUUUACCUCAAAGCCCAACUUCGAAUCUAGUACAGUGUCCACUCCGGAAGCUAGCACCUCACCAGUUCCUACUUCUCCACCUAGCCACACUGAAGACACUAAACUGUCUGCCAUGCUUGAGUCUAUGCAGCCGUCUGAAACCUCCAAGCUGCAAAAACUAGUUGAAAACAUUGACAAAAAAAUUACAGACCCCAAUGAGUGCGUACUUUGUCAUCGUGUCCUCAGUUGUCAAAGUGCCCUAAAAAUGCACUACAGAAUUCAUACAGGUGAAAGGCCCUAUAAAUGUAAAGUAUGUGGUCGUGCUUUCACAACCAAAGGUAAUCUAAAAACUCAUAUUGGUGUCCACAGAGAAAACCCACCUGUUCAAGUGCAACAUUCGUGUCCAAUUUGUCAAAAGAAAUUCACAAAUGCCGUGGUACUCCAACAGCACAUUCGAAUGCACAUGGUUGGGCAAAUUUCUGACUCAAAUAACAUGGAAAGUCCCCAGGAAAUGGACUCCGAAAUCUCUUUGAGUGAUAAGAACUUUGAUAGUCUAAGUAGCAACAGCAAUGAUGUAACAGAUGAUAUUUCAAUGGACGAGGAAGAGGAGGAAAAUUUGGAAGAAAGUUUUAGCAGUUCUCCAAGAUCGUCUUUUUCAAGUCUGGCUGCAUUGGAGAAUCAAAUGAAGUCUAUAGAUAAUGCCUAUAAAUUGCUAACAAAUGGCUUUAGUGACAACAGUAAAAGUUUAGAGAAAAGUCCAAAAAGUCCAGACCAGACAAACCUAGACGGAGUUACACGGAUCAGAUCUCCUCCAGUUCUGGGAAAAAGUAGAACUGGAUCUCAAGAGGAUUUGGGCCCAUCAUUGAAGACAGAACUAUCUCAAAGUUUGACUAACACUGCAGAGACGAUCGGCCCAGAGCAAAAAGAAACUCAAUCCACCAAACUGAGCGUGAAAGAGGAGACACCAUACUGCAUGUCCUUCCACUUCAGCCCAGCUGUUGGCCAAAGCACACCCAGCCUUGUCCCCACCUCCACACCAUUGGGCCUUUUAAAACCAGCAUUGAAUGGACAACCGACCAUCUCCAAUGAGCUCCACCCUCCUGCUCCAUUCAGUGUCCACGUACCCCCAGCUUACCCCUCCUCGGGCAGCCCAGGACCCCUCUCUCUCCUGGGGACUGCGCCCCCGCGUCGCACAGCCAAACAACACAACUGUAACGCCUGUGGAAAGAACUUCUCCUCAGCCAGUGCCCUGCAGAUCCAUGAGAGGACCCACACAGGAGAGAAACCUUUUGUCUGCUCCGUCUGCGGCAGGGCCUUCACCACCAAAGGGAAUCUUAAGGUCCAUAUGGGCACUCACAUGUGGAACAACGCCCCAGCCCGUAGAGGGCGCCGUCUCUCAGUAGAGAACCCUCUGGCCUUGCUUGGAGGGGACACAUUGAAGUUUGGAGACAUGUUCCAGAAGGAUGUGGGUUCUCGGAGCGUGGACCCGGGUUUCUGGAGCAGAUAUGCCUCAGCCAUCACCAACAGCCUCAAGAACAACGAGAUCUCAGUGAUUCAGAACAGAGCCCUGCCCCAAAUCCACCCCCUAUCUGUGGAGCGUGGUAGCACCCCAAUCAGUCUGACCAAGAGCAUGGAGCAGGGAAACAACAGGCAUUUCUCUAUGUUGAUUGAUGACACUAAAGAGAUUGGAAUCAACUGAACUAAACUUAUGCAAUUAUAUGGACUAUAAUGUAUUUGUAAAAACAUCUUGUUAUGUACAAUCUAUAGACUUUAUAAACAACUUUUUAUUGACGAACAAGCCCUUCACACUCAUGUUUGCCCCAUGCUGUCACUUGUAGGGAAAUUGUCUCAAUAAAAUAACUUUAUUUCACAGUCAUGGACAUACUAUUAAGUUGAAAACACAGCGUGAAAAGACUCUCUCUCCUCUGGACAUCGGCCAGUGCAGCCGAAGCACAAACCUGUUCCAAAAGGCCCAUAAAGUCUGACUCUUGAGGUUUUCUCACUGUAAAGGUGGAAACGGUCAUAAAGAACAUUUAGACUGA